UGUAACCAUGUAAACGUCCGCCAUUUUGGGUCUACAUUCAAAAUGGUGGUCUGCGCUGUGAAAGGUUGUAGUUCUCGCUAUGGAAAUUGUAAAGGCAUUUCUUUAUUUCGACUGCCUAAAGUUAUAUUACACCAAGGUGAAACAGAUCGGCAGUUAACUGAACGUAGACGUCGUACAUUUUUGGCCAAUAUUUACCGAAGCGGUGUGAGUGAAGCAGCUGCAAACAACAUGCGGAUCUGUUCUCGACACUUUGUUUCAGGUAGACCAGCAAACUUCAGAGAUGAAACAAAUGUUGACUGGGCUCCCACCCUGUUCCUUGGACAUGAUAAUAUUUCUAUGGCAAAAGUGAAGUUAUCAGUCGAAAGACACACACGUACAUUAGAGAGACAAGCAAAGAAACGUGCUUAUGAAGCUGCAGAGGCCCUUUUGGUACUACCAUUGGGCAGUUCAACAAAUAUCCAGUGCUUCAAUAAUCAAACAGCCAAUACUUCCCCAGUGGAUAUGGGUGAAGGUAGUUCAAAUAUUCAGUGCUUCUAUAAUCAAACAACCAUUUCCCCAGUGGAUAUGGGUGAAGGCAAUUCAAAUAUCCAGUGCUUCAAUAAUCAAACAACCAACAUUUCCCCAGUGGAUAUGGGUGAAGGCAAUUCAAAUAUCCAGUGCUUCAAUAAUCAAACAAACAUUUCCCCAGUGGAUAUGGGUGAAGGCAAUUCCAAUAUUCAGUGCUUCAAUAAUCAAACAAACCACACUUCCCCAGUGGAUAUGGGUAAAGAUAAGGCAAAUAUUCAGACAAUCAACACUUCCCAAUUGGCUAUUAGUCAUCAAUAUGCAAAGGAUAGCACACAAACUAUCACUAGCAGCAUUGGUGUCAAUAUAGAUUCUCUUUUUUUUGAGAUGCAACAGUUAAGGUGUGAGAAUUAUUUGCUUCGUGAAAAAGUAUUAUGCUUUGAGCUAACCCCAGAGUCUUUCAUAAAUGACGAUGAUAAAGUCAAAUUCUACACAGGUAUUCAUUCUUAUGGUGUACUGAUGCUUAUCUUCAAUAGCAGUAGUGGCACUAUAAAUCAUAACCACAAUAAUUGUCUCACCAAAUUUCAGGAAUUUGUGCUAACAUUGAUGAAAUUAAGGCUUAGUCUGCCGCUGCGAGAUCUGUCAUACAGAUUUAAAAUUUCACUGUCAACAGCCAGUAGAAUUUUUGAGAAAUGGGUUCGCCAUAUGGCUCACAACCUUAGACAAUUUAUAGUGUGGCCUGAAAGGGAGGACAUACAAAAAACUAUGCCUAAUUGUUUCAAGCGUUCCUUUGGUGCAAACACAGCAGUUAUUAUUGAUUGUUUUGAAAUUUUUAUUGACAGACCAUCAAGUCUAGCUGCUAGAGCAAUCACCUGGUCACAAUAUAAACACAACAAUACCAUUAAAUUUCUUAUAGGCAUCACUCCACAAUGUACUAUAUCUUUUAUAUCUAAGGCUUGGGGUGGUAGGGUUAGUGAUAAAUACUUAACAGAACAUUGUGGCAUUUUAAACAAACUUUCACCUGGAGAUUUAGUUUUGGCUGAUAGGGGAUUUACAAUAGCAGAUAGUGUUGGGCUUUAUUGUGCAAAGCUUGCUAUUCCUGCUUUUACAAAGGGAAAAAAACAACUAUCAGCUUUGGAAGUGGCUGAGACAAGAAAGAUUGCAAAUGUUCGGAUUCAUGUAGAAAGGGUUAUUGGGUCAGUUAGACAAAAAUACAAAAUUCUAAGUGACACUUUACCACUGGAUUAUUUAAAUGAAAAGGGCAAUCCUUUAAUAGAUGAUAUAGUGACCACUUGUUGUGCAUUGAUUAAUCUUUGUCCAGCUAUUGUGCCUUUUGAUUAAUUUGAGUAUUUAAAAAUGCCAUUUAUUGUUGUCAGCACAAUCUAUUGUUACCAGGUUGUAUUUUAAUAUUUAAUAAAAAAUAAAAACACAUUUCAUAUUUCAUUUUUAUUUUAACUUAU